AUGCUGAGGAGGACACUAUCAAAGAUACCUUCUCAGGACAAUGAAAUUUCUCAGUUAUAUUUUUAUUUAUCGUCGACUUCUCCUCGUGGUUUUCACUGCAGUGGUGUUACUGCCUCUGCCUAUCAUUCUCCACAACAAGGAAGCACAAUGUGCCUACAUACUCUUCGUCAUUGCCAUAUUUUGGCUCACCGAGGCUUUGCCCCUGUCAGUAACAGCUUUGCUGCCUGGUUUACUGUUCCCCAUGUUUGGGAUCAUGGCUUCUAAGGACGUGGCAUCUUCUUAUUUCAAAGAUUUUCACCUGCUGCUAAUUGGAGUCAUCUGUUUAGCAACAUCAAUAGAAAAAUGGAAUUUGCACAAAAGGAUUGCUCUGAGAAUGGUGAUGAUGGUGGGUGUGGACCCUGUAUGGCUGACCUUGGGGUUCAUGAGCAGCACUGCCUUCUUGUCUAUGUGGCUUAGCAACACCUCUACUGCUGCCAUGGUGAUGCCCAUUGUGGAGGCUGUGGUGCAGCAGAUCAUCAGUGCCGAAGCAGAGGUCGAGGCCACUCGGAUGACUUAUUUCACUGGAUCUGCCAACCCCACCCUGGAAAUUGAUGAAAGUGUUAAUGAAUAUGAAGCAAAUGAGAGGAAAGAGAAAACAAACCAAGUUCCAGGACACAGUAAUGGUACAGGGAAAAUUUCAAGCAAGAUGGAGUUGGAAAAGAACUCAGGCACAGGAAACAAAUAUGGAACAAAGAAGAACCACAUGAUGUGUAAACUAAUGUGUUUAUGCAUUGCUUACUCUUCUACGAUUGGGGGACUGACAACCAUCACUGGUACCUCCACCAACCUGAUCUUCGCUGAGCAUUUCAAUACACGCUAUCCUGACUGCCAGUGCCUCAACUUUGGAUCAUGGUUUAUAUUUUCCUUCCCGGCUGCUAUUAUGAUUCUCUUCUUGUCCUGGAUCUGGCUUCAGUGGCUUUUCCUAGGAUUCAAUUUCAAGAUGUUCAAAUGUGACAAAACCAAAACAUACCAACAAAAAGCUUGUGCUGAGGUGAUUAAGAAUGAAUACCAAAAACUCGGGCCAAUGAGGUAUCAAGAAAUUGUGACCUUGCUCCUCUUCAUUGUAAUGGCCCUGCUGUGGUUUGCCCGAGAUCCUGGAUUUGUUUCUGGCUGGUCUGCACUUGCUUCAGGUUACGCUGAUUAUAUUACGGAUUCAACUGUUGCCUUACUUGUAGGACUCCUAUUUUUUGUUAUCCCAGCUAAGAAAUCGACUAAAACUACACCGACAGGAGAAAUUGUUGCUUUUGAUUACUCUCCACUGAUUACUUGGAAAGAAUUUCAGUCAUUCAUGCCCUGGGAUAUAGCCAUUCUUGUCGGUGGAGGGUUUGCCCUGGCAGAUGGCUGUGAGGAGUCAGGACUAUCUACAUGGAUAGGAAAUAAAUUAUCACCUCUAGGUUCAUUACCAGUAAUGCUAAUAAUUCUGAUAACUUCUUUGAUGGUCACAACUUUAACAGAGGUAGCCAGCAAUCCAGCUACCAUUACCCUCCUUCUCCCAAUAUUAUCUUCAUUGGCUGAAGCUAUUCAAGUGAACCCUCUUUUAAUUUUGAUACCUGCUACUCUUUGUACUUCAUUUGCAUUCCUCUUACCAGUAGCAAAUCCACCCAAUGCUAUUGUCUUCUCAUAUGGUCAUCUGAAAGUCCUUGACAUGGUUAAAGCUGGACUUGGUGUUAAUAUUAUUGGUGUUGCCGUGGUGAUGCUUGCCAUGUCCACCUGGAUUGUACCCCUAUUUGACCUCAACACUUACCCUUCUUGGGCUCCUGCAUUUUCAAAUAAAACUACACCAUGAUAAGCACAAAA